UAUUUGAAAAUUUGGUAAUGUUCAGUGUUGUGCACGCUGGUUCAGGAGGAGGGGUUGAUGGUUAAAGGGUAAGUAACGGUUCCUGAACUUAGCGGUAUGGGACUUCAGUCUCCCGUGUCUCCUUCCCGAUGACAGCAGCAAGAAGACAACGUGGUCUGUAUGGUGGGGGUCUUUGAUGAUGGCUGCUUUUUCUUGUGGCAGCAUUCCUUGUAGAUGUGUUCAGUGGUGUGGAAGGCUUUUCCUGGGAUGGCCUGGAUCACAUUUAUUUAUUUGUUGUAUACGUAAUGCAGUUAAGUAUGCGUGCUCUGCUCUCCUUCAUACCAAUGCGCCCCUCCUUAAUCCCUCGCCGGUCGGCUGUUAAUUUUCCUAUAGUGAUUCUGCGCGGGACUGGGUGAAAGCAUUUUUGUGAGACGGUCCCUUAGCCUUUUGUUUACAAGCUGAUCAUUGGCCAAGCUCACAUGAUCGGCCCGAGCUGGGCAGUGCAGGGACCGACGUGCAUCCUCGCACGUUCCUGUUUAUGUGCGAGUGGCGAAGCGGACAGAGCGGGAGAUGUUCAUGGGUGGAGUUGAACUACAGUCAGCAGAGUGGCACGCGGAUACUGGAACACGUUCCUUCCUCCAGCUCCAUCCACAACGGAGACAUGGAGAAGAUCCUGCUGGACGCACAGCACGAGUCGGAUAGGAACAGUUCGCGAGGAAGCUCCCACUGCGACAGCCCACCCUUACUGAUGAGCCCCCAGGUGUGCCAGGGUUCUGUUGAGUUCGAAACUCGGAGCGUUGGAGACAGCAACAGCACGCAGUCUGACGAGGAGACGCAGGAGAGGAGCAUAGAGCUGGAGAAAUUACUGAAGAAUCACGCAGAGUGGAUCUGGUACUGGUCCAGCCGACCAGAAAACGUACCCCCAAAGGAAUUCUUGUUUAAACAUCCAAAAUACUCAUCAGGACUGAGUGUCCGAAAGACGAGUGUGAUGAAGAAAGGACGGUUCUUUGGUUCUGAGCUCGUUGUGUUCCUCAUCCCCUCACUUCUGUUAACUCACCUGCUAAUGCUGGGUGUAGGAAUCUACAUUGGCAGGAGACUGGCAGCUUCCUCUUCAAGUAGCCUGUAAAUAACCCGCUGUGAAGAAAUGAUCAAACUUGAGGACCAGCUGAGGUUGAUACUAGUUCCUGUACUCGCUAUUCACGUAGACAGACCUAGCCAGCACCUGGGAAAGUUAAAAAGACUGAGAUAUUUCUAUUGUUCCUCCGCGCUAAUCUGUUCCUCUUCUCGGACUUCUUUUUGCCCUUCUGCAGCUAUGUAGAUGCAAUCCCAGCCACCUAGCGGUGGGCAGCUUUGCUCAGUAGGUUUGAUGUGUUGGAAAACUUGCUGCCCUUUGAGCAGCUCUCCACUGUGCUCAGGGCCUGUCCAUGCAAAAGUGACCACACUGCGGUGACAAAUGCACACCGACACGUUCCGUGUGUGCUUGCACGUCUAUUUGUGCUCAUCUGUGUGUGCACGCCAGCUUCACCCAGACCCGACGGCUUGACGUUUUCUCAGGCCCUGUUAAGUAAGGUUUGUGGACCAAAGGUGGGAUCUUUAAUUGCACAACACUGUCAGGUGAGAAGCUAUAGAGAACUACAGCACAGAAACUGGCCCUUCGACCCAUUUAGUCCAUGUUAAAUUAUUAUUCUGAUGAGUUAAACCCUCUUCCAGUAGGUUUCAAGGAUCCUGCAGUAUUAUUUUCAAGGAGACCCAGAGUGGAGAUCUUCUCUGGCCUCAUCAAUCCAAGCCAACCUAAUGGGUGGUUCUUGCAGUAUUGUUUGUGGGAGCUUGCUGUGUGUAGUUUGGUUGCUGUGUUUACAUUGCAACAGUAGUGACAGAUGCCCAACACUCAUUUGCUUUAGUGUAUUGAGGUGUCUUUGAAAACAAUAGGAAUGACUCCGUUCUUCUAUUCCUGCAGCUGCGGUCUUGCCCACUUUGUCUUGCUGGGAACUAAGACCAUUUUACCAAAACUUUACCACAACAACAUUGUUUUGGCCCAUCCACUCUCUUCCAGCUCAGAGAGUGAUCCCGUACCUCAAAUAAUUUUCCCUGUAAACUGUUCCUCCCACAUUCCAAUUAACUCCGCAUCUCAGCGAAGGGCAAACCUACCAAGGUGCAUGUCUUUGGGGUGUGGGGGGAAACCCACAUGAUCACAGAGAGUACCAUAAGAACAACAGAAGCAGAAUCGAACCAUUCAGACCAACGAUUCUGCUUCGCUGUUCUAACAUGGCUGAUUUCUUAUCUCUCUCAUCCCCAUUCUACCUUUGAUGCCCUUACCAAUCAAGAACCUGUCAACCUCUCCUUUAAAUAUACCCAAUAACUUGGCCUCUGCAGCCGUCUGUGGCAAUGAAUUCCACAGAUUCACCAUUCUCUGGCUGAAGAAAUUCCUCCUCAUCUCUGAUCUAAAGAAUGCCCUUGCAUUCUGAGGCUGUGCCCGCUGGUCCUAGACUACCCCACUACCUCCUCUCCAUUACAACUUUGUCUAGGCCUUUCAAAAUUCAUAGAUUUCAGUGAAAUCUCUUCCCCGCCCCUCUUUUAUGCAGUCAUGUCCUCAGGUCACCCUCGGGCAAGGUGUAGCACCUGCUUAGCAGCCCCCCCGCCCCCCACCGAUCAGGGUCACGUGAAGAAGUCAUGGGAGCAGGUGGUGGAUAGUCAUCUUGUGCACAUCACAAGUCCUCGAUAUGUGACCACUGACACCAGGCAGACAAUCUCUGAGGAGUAUUGAUAAUGGCUGGGGUCACCCGUCUUGUAAAGACACUGCCCAUUCUUCGGAAGGCAAUGGCACUUCUGUCGAACAAUUACGGUCAUAGACCAUGAUUGCCCACGUCAUGUGACACGGCACAUAAUGAUGAUGAUCUCUGUGUUAGUCGUGCAGUAACGUAGGAGAAAAUCAGUCUUAACUCUGCUCUCACCUUGUCUUAUUCGCAGUGUUCGUUUUGAAAUAAUGUUCCAAGUCCACUGUUCCUCCCUGACUUUCUGUUAGCUUGUCUAUGAAAGGCCCAAACGUUUCCCAGCCAGACUUUAAAGAGUUUAUCAGUCUGAAAUCCAGUGAUCAGUCACAGGUCCCGCUGUGAACUCUUCACUCCUUCCUGUGAGAAGCUUGAUCCAUGUAAUGUUGGACAGAAAUCUAGAAAGUUCUUGCUCAACUUGUACACAAUGAGCAAAAGCUUUUACGGAGCAAGGAAGACCUUGAGCAACACACUCCUGUUAUUUGCCCCUAAGCAUUUUCAGUUGAUAAGGCACUCACUGUUAUCGUGUACUACGAGUCCUGAUUUUUGUAGUUGUUCAUAACUGGAAUUCACUUUGAACUUUGAACCUUAGGUUUUGAUUAGGCCCUCACUGUUGCCCUGUAUUAUGAGUCCUCUUUGUAUAGUUGGUAAUGACUGGAAUUUAUAUAUUUGCAAUUAGAAGAUCAGUAACUAUGCUUCAUCCUUCUUAGAACCCAUGUGAAAGACAAAUAAAUGAUCAAUUUCCUGGA